AUGCUACUCUUCCUCCUCCUUGUCCUCCCUGCAGCCUUGGCCACCAGCGAUUUGAAGCUGGGCUACGGGUGCGACAAGGUGUCGUGCGAAUUCUCGAUUGACAUCGCUGAGGCGUUGGCCAGCUACGUGGAUCAGAACGAUUUUACGACUCGUUUUGCGGCCAUCGGUGAAGCACUACAGGACAUUGCCAAUAAGGAGGUCCAGAUUGGAGAUGCUCUCGACGUUUUCGCUGCGAAUUUCACGACAACCUACAAGGAGGUGCAGCCAGUGGCCAAGGAUUUCGUGGAUGCAGUCAAUAUACUAACCUCCACUUUUGGGACGACCGGUAACGAUUCGGACAAGCUGGUUGCUGAUGCAGCCCAGGCAGUGGUUGACGCUCGGUGCUUCUACUCGAACAAAGACGAGCCGUGGAAAUGCGUCGCCACCCCAACCACUGCCGCCCCCGCGUAU